UAUGUCAACUCCUCAAACAAAAUCAAAAUUGGUUUAAACAUUUGGUAGAAAGAAGAAUGCUGUAGCUAGUGCAAGUGUAAGAGAAGGAAAGGGUACUUAAUACAUCUAAUCAAAGGUUUGGUUAGAGUAAAUGGUGCACCAAUUGAAUUAGUCAACCCAGCUCCCUUGAGAUAAAAGGCUCUUGAACCACUCUUACUUCUUGGUUAAGUCAGAACAGGUAGAUUAGACAUCAGAGUCACUGUCAGAGGUGGUGGAAGUACUGCAUAAAUAUAUGCUAUCAGAUAGGUAGAAUAGCAAUUAUAUAAAUUAUUUAGGCUAUUAGCAAAGGCAUCGUGGCUUACUAUUAAAAAUAUAUAGAUGAAACCUAAAAGAGAGAAAUCAAAGAUCUUUUAUUACAAUAUGAUAGAACACUCUUAGUUGCUGAUCCAAGAAGAUGCGAACCAAGAAAGUUUGGUGGUAAAGGUGCCAGAGCCAGAAGACAAAAGAGUUAUAGAUGAAAAUUUAAUCACAGUACAUUAAAAAUAAUAUAAAUAUUAAUGGAAUUUUAGAGCUGUUAAUGCUAAAGAGAUUUCAAUUAUGCAAGUCAUUCUCCAUUUGUCUUGCCAUAUUGUCGACAUUCAGUUUGUUAUUGAAAUGUUCAUAAUAAUUAAUCAGAUGGUGAUCAAUAACUAAAAUGCAAAAAGCAUGGGUAAUUAUUAAAAAUUAUAUUAGAAUUGAGUUUUAUAUCUAUAGUAAUUUAAUAUGUUAUCCUCAAAACUAAAGUAUUCUAAUUAUGCUUAGAAUUGUUAAUCAUAAUCAAAGAAUAAAAAUCUCUAAUUCUUUUGGUGGUCAUCACUCUAAAAAUUCUAAUAAAAAAUAGGGAAUAACUAAAUUAUAAUUAACAACUAUAGAAACACCCUCAGAACUUUUAAUUACUCAAAAAAAUUAAAUUUAAUUCAAACAUAAAUCGAUACAAGAUGCUUAACAUGUUUUUAUAAAUUCAUUUUUAUUUGGACCUCUUAAAUUUCAUAAUUAGUUGA